AUGGCACCGAGAGAGAAAAGUGCGCUUAAGCGGGGCAGACUCAGUGUGGAUGCUGAUUCACAAGACCUGAAAAAGCCGCGUCGGUCUCAACGUAUAUCAAGCCAGCAGCAACUUCAGGAGACACCAGUGGAUCACGACUAUCUGCCAACUCCGCUAACCCAUGGCUAUUCAACCGCCACGGACAUCCGCAACGAAGUGACGGCCACUCCGCCGGAAAGCCCAAGCCGGACCCGUCCACCCUCGUCGCCCAAUCCAGACUUCUCUCAGGCGCUGUCAUCACCACCAGGGGACACACAGGCCCUCUCGCAGUUUGUCUAUCCCCCAAGAGCAUUUGCAGAUGAAGUGGAGGAUGAAGAUGCCGAGGGAGUUUGGGGGUACCUGAUCCCCUUAGAUGACAAAGUUAGCGGUUCCUUUGUCUUGAAGAGGCGAGAUGGUUGUGAACUCCGAGAUGAGGCCGCCAAGGAAAAGUCUGGGAAAAAGUAUCAGGUCGGUAAGCAAGGCAAUGGUCGGGCACCUGGCGGCUACCUAAUUGGCCGUCACCCGGAGUGUGACCUGAAGAUCGAUAGCCCUACGAUAUCAAACCGGCACUUCCUCCUAUUUGAGGAGAAAAGGAAAGGCGAUGUAGUAGCCAUCUUGGAGGACCUUUCCAGCAACGGAACCUUUGUGAAUGAUGCUAUUGUUGGACGAAAUAAGCAUCGUGAGCUUGAAGACGGGGAUGAGGUUUCUAUUUUGAAUGAGGCCCGCUUUGUUUUCCGCUAUCCGCGCACUAGGGACACAAAUCGCUUCCGCCAACAGUAUCAGAUUCACCGGCAGCUUGGUAAAGGCCACUUUGCGACAGUCUAUCUGUGUGUGGAAGGCUCGACAGGGAAACAGUUUGCAGCCAAGGUCUUUGAAAAGCGGCCCGGUGAUUCACAGAAGUCUCAGACAGAUGCUCUACAGCAGGAGGUUGCACUCUUGAAGAGCGUCAACCAUCCCAACCUCCUCUGCUUAAAGGACACCUUUGACGAGAAUGACGGAGCUUAUCUGAUUCUGGAGCUGGCCCCCGAGGGUGAACUGUUUAAUUUGAUCGUGAGCAAGCAAAAGCUUAGCGAAUCAGAAACUCGUCAUUUGUUCCGGCAGCUCUUUGAAGGGCUGAAGUACCUGCAUGAACGAGGAAUUGUGCAUCGGGACAUCAAGCCCGAGAAUAUUCUGCUGGCUGACAAGAAGAUGACGGUGAAACUAGGUGACUUUGGACUUGCAAAGAUCAUUGGAGAAGAUUCCUUUACCACCACAUUAUGUUGCCCCAGAAAUUUUGCAGGAUACUCGUCGGCGGCGGUAUACGAAGGCUGUGGACGUCUGGUCCCUGGGAGUGGUUCUUUACAUUUGCCUUUGUGGCUUUCCCCCUUCUCGGAUGAAUUAUACACACGAGAGAACCCUCUUACACUGGCGCAGCAGAUCAAGAUGGGCAAAUUUGACUAUCCCUCGCCCUACUGGGACUCGGUGGGCGAUCCUGCCUUGGAUCUGAUUGACCGGAUGCUUGUUGUGGACGUGGAGAAGCGAAUCACAGUGGACGAGUGUCUGGAGCACCCCUGGAUGACUGAGAAAUAUCCUAGCGUCACUGACAGCACUGAUGGGCUGACAGGCGCCUUGGGCAACUUGGAUUUCUCUAAGCGCAAGAUCAAACGGGAGCGGACUCUGCUGAGCAGUGUCAACGACGUCCGGUUCAGCGAGCACGUGGAAGGCAGUGAAACUCCAGUUAAAGUCUUCCACAAAAACAAUGCUGAUCAGCGUGUCCAUAACCGACCAGCCAAUGCCAAUGCCCGAGAACCGUCCCCCGGCAAUCAAGGCAGUCCCAAAGGAUUUGUGAAUCUGGGUGAGCGUGGUGAUCCAACAUUGUACGACGAACCAAGGAGUUGA